AUGCCCACCAAGACCCCAAGCCAAGCUGAUUUCCCCUCCAACCUUACCGUCACCAUUACACUCCCACCAAAUCCCACCUCCAGCCCCUCCCCAAAUAUCCUGCUCCUACUCCACGGCCUCGGUGACUCAGCCGCAGGCUUCACGCCCUUCGGCCGAGCCCUGCACCUCCCCGAAACAACAGUCAUCACCGUCCAAGCCCCCGCCCCGGUCCCCUUCGACCUAGGUGGUUUCCACUGGGGCGACGAUGUCGCCUUCGACAGCUCCACCGGCGGCCUAGAUAUGGACGCCGGUUUUACGAGGAGUCCAGCUAUACUCGUCAAGGACCUCGUACGGGGCGUUCUAGUCCAGAAAUGCGGCUACCGACCGCGCGAGAUCCUGGUGCUUGGAUUUGGACAAGGUGGGAUGGCUGGGCUGAGUCUUGCGCGGGAACUUGGCAAGGCUGGAGAGGGCGUGGAUAGUGAGCCUUUGGCGGGUGUGAUUUCGAUUGGGGCGCCCUAUCCGCUUUCUGGUUCGCGGGCAGGCUCCAAGAAUCGCACUCCUGUGCUUUUAGUAUCCGGGCGGGAUUCGGUCGUUGUCUCGGAUGAAGCGGUGCGUAGGACUAAACAAGUUUUUGAGUUUGUUGAGGUCAGUCGGUAUGCGCGGAAGGGAGAUGGGAUGCCAUCUAAUCGAGAUGAGAUGCUGCCUAUCAUGCAGUUCUUUGCCAGGCGGUUGAGGAGUAGACAGGGUGUUCCCGAGGGAAGCGUUGAGCUUGGUUGA